ACUAGAACUAGCUGGGCAGGAACAGUGUGCUUUUGGCAGUGGUCUGAUCGUGUAGAUAGUAUUUUUCGAUAUCCGCAAAUCCGUGAAACAAGAGAAACAGUCAAUCAUGUCGCUGCGUAUUUUGUCGCCUUCAAUGCUCCAGACUCUGGUACGUGGAAUGUCCACGAAAGCUGGCAGCAAGAACAUUGGCUUCAUCGGUCUUGGUAAUAUGGGUGGCUUCAUGGCCACCAAUUUAAUUAAUGCUGGCCACAAGCUCCAUGUCAAUGAUAUUUCCAAGCCUGCCUGCGAUAAGCUGAAGGCAAAGGGUGCCACCGUGUACGAGAACACCACCGAGUUGGCCAAAAAUUCUGAUAUUGUCAUCACAAUGUUGCCCAACAACGCCAUAGUGGAGUGCUCGUACAAUGCCAUCAUUGAUGGUGGCAUCAACAAGGAUACAAUCUUCAUUGACUCAUCGACUGUUUCGCCGGAUCUGGUCAGAUCGCUGCAGAAGAAGAUUAGCGACAAGGGAGCUCGCUUUAUUGAUGCCCCCGUCUCAGGUGGCGUGAUCGGUGCCGAGCAGGCCACACUCACCUUCAUGGUUGGCGGUACUGAGGCCGAAUACAAUGCCGUCAAGCCUGUGCUGGAAGCCAUGGGCAAGCGCAUUGCCCAUUGCGGUGUCUAUGGCAUGGGUCAGGCAGCCAAAUUGUGCAAUAAUAUGUGCUUCGCCAUCACCAUGAUUGGCAUUGCCGAGACCAUGAAUCUGGCGAUCCGUCAGGGUCUGGAUCCCAAAUUGUUUGCUGAAAUCAUCAACUCGUCGACAGGACGUUCAUUCUCGUCGGAAAUCUAUAAUCCUGUUCCCGGCAUUAGCCCCACUUCUCCCAGCAAUCGCGAGUAUGCCGGUGGUUUCUCCACUGCCCUGAUCGCCAAGGAUCUGGGUCUAGUUAAAAACGUGGCUGCUGAUACAAAUUCGCCCAUCCCCUUGGGCUCUCUGUGCCAGAAGAUCUACAGCAAUCUCAAUCAAGAGGGUGUUGUUUCCAACAAGGACUUUUCUGUGGUCUACGAUGUGCUGAAGAAUGGCAAGCUUAACUACCAGUAAUUGUGGGAGUUUCUUUUCCCCUUGUUUCCACUCCUCCAACCCCCCAAGAAAAACUAACCAGUUUGCAUUUAUCUAAGUUAGGAAUGUUGAAAUUGUAAGGAUCUGCCAUACAUAUCCGUCAGUGCAAUUUAUAAUUUCUUUUUCAUGUUGACCGUAUUAAAGAUAUGUAUUCUUAUAAAUA